GAUCUGUCUCUGCCGCGAACCAUGAUUUCGAGAUUAGCAAAGGGUGUUCUACCGCCCAACACAUCAAUUCACAAGGACGCUUUGUUGGCACUGAGCAAAAGCUGUACAGUCUUUGUGAACUUUCUCGCUUCCAACUCAAAUGAAUACGCCCAACUCGAAGGCAAAAAGACAAUCCAACCUGCAGACGUAAUAGCAGCUCUCAAGGAAAACGAAUUCGAGCACUUUAUCCCACGCCUCGAAGCAGAACUCAAGAGUAAUAUUGAUUUCUCCUAUAUUGAAGAUGAUCUCUAA